GGUGACAAUGCAACACCUUUUGAAAGGGGACGAGUUCGCAAAGUCCUCGUGCAGAAACAUCUGAACAACAAAUUCGGGUUCGGUGGAGAGAAAAGGGACCUCGUUCAAUUCGAGUUGCAAUGGUAUCAAUCGCCAACCGGGAUCGCGGACAUGAUCAAGAAUUGAGAGAGCAUCACUCAAGGAUGUAAGGACAAUCCCCGACUAGCGCGGACCGCGGAUGACUCUGAAACGGUUUUGCCAUCGCAGAGGCAGACAAGAAUCCAUACCCCGGGGCUUCGGCAACUCAGAAUGAGAUACACCAAAGUUGCGGUGCUGGGAUCCGGUCAAUUUGGAAUAGUUUACAAGGCCAUCGACAUUGACGCUGGCAAGCUCCUAGUCGUUAAGAUAUUACAACAACCCGACCAAGCAGCAAACGAAUUAUGGCGGCAGUCGGUUUAUUACGCACUGAAACGAGAAGUUGAGACCCUUUCACGGAUUAGCCACGGCUGGGAUGGACCAUUAGUAGAAAUAUUCAUGGGCCUCAAAGAAGGCAACCUUAGAUCAUUGGUCAACAACGGCACCGUCCUGUCCAUUACCGAUCUUGCCCAUUGCGUCUUCCACCAGAUGCUUCAGGCGCUAGAUUGUCUCGCCGUGCAUGAAAUUGUACAUCGAGAUGUGAAGCCUGAGAAUAUUCUUUAUACUUCACUCCCGGGUGCUCAAUAUCAUUUUCAGCUUGGUGAUUUUGGUCUUUGCAACCGCACGGUGAGCGCUGUAACGUCGGUUGGCACCCCAUUAUACAUGGCACCCGAAGUUCCCGAAAAAGGGAACCAAACACACAUGGUGGAUGUCUGGUCGCUUUUCGUCACGAUGGCAUGGACUUUGGACGUCGAAGGAUUUCAUUUAAAAUCGGAAAAAUUCGUGUCCAUCCAGGAAGUCCAUCAGGCUAUUUCAAGCGCGGCGUUGAAGAUAGAAAUCAUUCAAGAAAUGGCAAGAGUCGACCCACAUCAGCGUGCCUCUGCAGCACAGAUGCUUCUGAAGUGCUUCGAUGGAAAUGGUCUCGUCACUCCCGGGCAUCGAAUCACACCGAUUGAUUUAGCAAAGGCCGAAACCAAAGCUUCUACUGCAUUACUUCAGGCGCCCCGGCCUGCUGCAAUGUGUCAAGGUUUCUGCCAUGCCCCGAAAGCCUCGAACAAAUUUCCGGACCGGUGCCGUGUCCUCAAGCCUCGCGCCCUCCGCCAUAAGCAAGCGGGCAGAAUACUGCGGCCAACAAGCGCCAACCGAAUAGACUUUCCACCAGGAGGCGCCCACUGCUCUGCGAGAUUAAUUCACCUAGCAUCGCGCCCCGCUUUCGUCUACGGCCGCGAAUUCCAAGAUAAGACUAGCCAUUUUCCUGCUGGUGUUCUAGUAUCACAGAUGGAAGAAAACAAGCCCACUGAAUAGAUCUCAAAUCUACCAACCCGACAGGCUCGCGGAUUCCUGGGGUCUUAC